UCUGAGGCUCCAUUCCAGAGCAACAGGAAGAAGGACAGUUUCCUGAUAGCUGCUGUGGAGCAGAGGAGGAUGGCAGGAGUGGACAGAAAGAACGAAGAGGACUUACCUCUGAAUACACUGGGUGACAUAGAGGCAGCUACAGCCAUCUCUGGAAAACCACUUCGCCCCAUCAACAUAAAUCACUAUGCCACUAAGAAGAGUGCGGCUCAGAGCAUGCUGGACGUCGCCUUGCUGAUGGCCAACUCCUCCCAACUGAAGACCGUUCUAUAUGUGGGGCCUCAUUACCGUUUCUACAUCCCCGUCAUCGUCCUGCUAUCUCUGUCCAUCGCUUUACAGGUCACUGUGGGGCUGCUGCUCGUCUUUAUUGUGAAGUACGAUCUGAACGACAUGAGGAAACACACCAAGCUCAACUGGAUGAACAACGUAGCCACAGUCUUAGUCUUCUUCACGGUCCUCGUCAACAUCUUCAUCACAGCACUCGGCUUUGAGGGUCAGGCUGUGAGCAGGGUGAUGCCGGAGGCUCAAUUUCUACCACUGCCCUCAGACGUCAACAAGACUGUUGGCGUCUAGACCAGUCUGAUCAAAAAUAAGACUUUUCUUUGUUCACCUGUAUUGAGUCUUGGAAUAGGCUGGGAGAGCUGUCAAUCUGGGUUUUAGGGGGGUACAAAAGCCUACUUGGACAGGCAUUGACCCCCGAUACCUCCCCUGUCCCACCGGUGAUGGGACACAGGGCCACAUAAGCUCAGGAUGGCCAAGUAAAGCCUCAUCCUGAGUGACCAACGACAUAAACCCAGUUCUGGAUCACAGCUAUCGAUUGAAGACUUUAUCUCAACCUAAAACCUCAGUUUGAAUAUUUACCUUUUUGUGCUUUGAGUAGAGCAACAACUUUUGCAUUGUUGAGGUACUAUAAACCUAACUUAAAUGUUCUAUGGUGUAAAUAUAACAGUACUAUAUAGUGUUUCCUGUCAUACAGACAUCAUUCUUUGGUUUUUGAUAGGUCAUGAUGUGGAGCAGAACUAACCUGCAUAAUAUGCUGAAUAUGCAACUCCAUAGGACCCCAUAAAUCCUUUUUAUUUUUU